AAAUUUCAAAACACAAAAGUCAAUUUUAUUAUAAUUUUUUAGUUAAAAAUUUUACAAUUUCCAAAUUCUUUAACAUUCUACAAAAAUCUUUAUAAAAAUUUAUUAUGAAUUUAAAUCGUGCUAGAAAUGUUUUCACUUUGGGAAAUUUUCAAUUGGCCUCAAAUUGUAUAACAAAACGCUCUAAGCCUAGUGAUCCAUUUGAAAGAGAUCCCUUCAAAAUUCAAUCCUAUAACUUUCGUUAUGCCGAUAGGCCCACAUAUCCUAUAGCAGCUGUACCGCCCAGAGUUAUCCAACAACCAGAGUCUUUAAAUAAAUGUCAAACCUAUUUUUAUAAUCCUAAUUUUCCGGUUUCAAAGAAUUCUAACGGACCAACUAAAACUAGUUCAACUAAUGUGGAAAGAGCCUUAAAUUUAAGUAAAUUUCAAGAAUAUCGUAGAAGAAAAUUUCUACAAGAGCCAGCAGUGGGACUUAAAAGACCUAAAGAAUAUUCUAAAAACUAUGAAAGCAAAAUUCUGAAUUUAUAUUAUGGCGCGGACAAAGAUAUUCCCUUAACUUCAUCUAAAACUUAUAAUUUGGCUUGUCCUACUACUAAUUAUAAUAUUCCCCCAAAAGCAUCUCAAGCCUCGGUUAGAAAUUGUUAUAAAUCGGAUACUGUCAAACCCUCUACUUCUAACAGAGUUUAUCAAUCUUUAGCUUCUUCUAAUGUUGCAAAUGUUGCCAAUAGUAGAAGCAGCAUAAGUUCUGGUUAUGAAAUCAAUAUAAAUAUCAAAAAUUUGGAUCAUAAUUCCUUGCAAGAUAGUGUUAAUAUCAAAAUAGAAACCGAUUCUAUAUAUAGAAAUUUAAAUAUACCUCAAACAAAAAACUCCCAUAAAUCCCUACAAAAUAAAAGCCAAUUGAAUACAUCGCAAAGUUUUGUUAUAGACAAAAGAUUGUCUAAAUUCUCGGUAAAACCGGAAACUAAAACCGAUUUAAAAAUGUCAUCUAAUGAACGUGUUAAACAAUUAACUUCUAUUUAUCAAUCUAACUGCCAAAUUCCUAAGAAAUCGGUCAGCUCUCAAAAGAACAAUAAAUUAAAUGAACGUUUACCCAGUUUAAUACCCUUAAAUACCAAUAGCCCCCGUUCUCAGUGUAGUUCCUCAAAUGGCCAAGUAAACUCUUUUCGUAAAGUUAAAGAUAAUUCGAAAGUCUACGAUUGUAAAGCUAAAUCCAAAAGCUCUAGUUGUAGUAAUAAUAAUUUGUAUAGCAGCAGUCCUUAUAUUACGAUUAAUAAGGGUUCAAAACUUUUAAAUUCAAGCCCCUAUGAGGUUAAAUCUUCUUUAUCGAAAAAUUAUAAUUGCAAAAGACAAUCUUCUCCUCUGGAGUCCUCCAUACAUACUCUGCACUCGGCUGCUAAUAGAUGUGAUUUCAAGACCACGGCCCCCUUGAGAAUGCGUAGUUCGAUAAAAUUACCUUUAAAUGUGAACAUCAAUGUAUUUGCCGAUAAAUUGAAAUUAAUGAAAAUUUAAGUUUAACUACGAUUUGACAAAUGUUAAGACAUAAUUAUGUUAGAUAACUGGUCCAUAGUAAAUUUUAAAAUCUAGUCAAAAGUUUAGUCUAAAAUUGGACUAAAUCUGCUCUUUAGUAUAUUCCAUUGUCUGUGCUAUAGUUUAUUCUAUAGUCUGGACUACAGUCUAGAAUAUAGUCUAUAAAAUAGACUAUUCUAAAGUUUGGACUAUAGUUUAUCCUAUAGUAUGGACUAUAGUAUUUUCUAUAGUCCUAACUAUAGUCUAAACUGUAAUCUAUACUAUACUUUGGACUGUUGUCUAUUUUUCUUCAAUAUUUUGGACUAGAACAACAAGAGUAACAGCCUGACAUAUUUAUGUCUUACAAAUGUUAAGACAUUAUUAUGUCAGUCCCUA